AUGCUACACUUACAUAAAAAUUGCUUUGCGACAAGACAAGGGUUAACUUCUCCUUUCUUUCUAUUCAAAAUUAUCUUCUCUUACGUUGAGCGUAAUAACGAAUUCAGUCAUGCCUACUUGAAGAGAGUUGGUGGAGGUACCUCGCAUCGCUCGGCGAGUGGUGGUGGAGGGGGUGGACAUUUAUUUAGCCGGCGACUUUACGACGUUAACAAAGGGGACGAAUCAUCUCUCUGUGAUUUACUUUUGGACACAGAUUCAGGGGGUCAAUCACUUUGUGGUAGCAGUACAGGCAGCAGUCUAAGUGCUCAUCAUCGUCGUCGGGCUUCAACCCAUUAUCCUUAUCAAAAGACCCCUCGUAUCCAUCGAUAUAAUAAACAUCAAAGUCAUAAGACCAAUAAAGAAUGGCAAACUGAAUUUGAGGAAUUUAAAGCAAAACCAAAACUUGUUCCAUUUGAACAUUUAACAACAUUAGAAAAUUACAAUAAGAAUUUAUAUUUACCUCAAAAACAUUCUCAAUUAGUAAUUAUUGGAAAAGACGGGCAGAUGAAAUCUACAACAUUUUCUGAUAAAGAUGUAGAAAAGGGAGAAGUUCAAAUUAAUGGAAGGGAAAUAGGAGGAGGAGGAGUAAAUAUAAAUAAUGACCAAAGACAAGUAACAACCCCUUCCUCCUCUUCUUCCCAAUUUGCUGUAAUUAUUAAAGGAAAACAAUUAAAUACAAAUAAAGUUCAAUUAAAUAAUAAUAAAAUAUCUCCUAAUUUGAUUUUACAAAAAGAAGAAAAAAUUGGUAAAAAUGGAAGAAAAUGGAGAGGACAUCAAGGAAGAAAUAGAGUAUUUUGUGAUGGAAGGUUUAUUAUGGCUCGACAAAGUUCAGUUUUCGUGUUAACAUUUCUACUUAUAAUUUUUACUAUGACCCUGUUUUGUAUUUUUGAUUUACCAUUUUUAACUCAAAAAGUAUCAAUUGCAAUUCCAAUAGUUUCUAGUUUACUUUUUCUUUUGGUUAUUUCUUCUCUUUUACGUGCAGCUUUUACCGAUCCAGGUAUUAUACCUCGUGCUACUCCUAGAGAAGUUCUUGAAUUGGAGAAACAAUGCCAAGAAUCUGAUCCAUUCUUCCAACGUGAUGAAUGGCUUCAACCUAGAACUCGAAUAGUUAAUAUUCGUGGCCAGCAAGUUAAAUUAAAAUAUUGCUUUACUUGUUGUAUUUUUAGGCCUCCUAGAUCUUCGCAUUGUUCAAUUUGUGAUAAUUGUGUUUUAAAUUUCGAUCAUCAUUGCCCUUGGCUAGGAAAUUGCAUUGGUUUACGCAAUUAUAGACAUUUCUUUAUGUUUGUUACAUCUCUUUGGAUAUUAGAUGCUUUUAUGGGUAUUUGUGUUGGAUUACAUUUUUAUUUGUUCCGCAAGAAAUGCCUGCAUGACAUAUUUUUGCGGACAAUUCUUAUGGGCUUUUUUUUCAUCUUUCUCCAUGAUUGUAAAAUCGUUUUUUUUCAAGAGGUGUUUUUUGAGUAUAAAAUUUAUAUUUUUUAUAAAAUAAGAGAAUUAGCCCCCAAACCAAAAAAAACUAGUCACCACUCCCCAUAUUUUCACAAACAAAAAAAUCCGCAAAAAAGGUCCGCAAAUAUCAAACAUUUCUUUUUUAAUUUUUUUAUAUACACAGUGAGUAUUGAAAAAGGCACAUUUAUGGAUGCUUUGAAGGAAACACCACCUUCAUUAUUAACAGGUUUUCAAAACUUUGUCCACAAAAUGUUUUUCCAACAAUUUUUAGGUGUAAUUAACAUAAUUUCAAUUUGGUCUGUGUUGGGUCUUUCUGGUUUUCACAUUUAUUUAUUAGCUCUUGGACAAACUACAAACGAAGAUAUUAAAGGAACUUUUAGUCAAAAAUUACAUCCUCAAGUUAAAAAUCCUUAUAAUUCUGGAAAUUGUUUUAAAAAUAUUUUGAAUGCUAUUUGUGUUCCUGAAUAUCCAAGUCUACUCAAUUUGAGAGGUUAUUUACCACCGGAGGAAGGCCCAAGUAUUCUUGUAAACUCAGAAAUACUUGAUAGAAUGGCAUUAAAACGUCAACAACAAAAUUACGGAACAACAAAUGAAAGGAAAGGAAGACAAAAAAUUGUGGUGGAAGAAGAGGGAGGACGUUCUAGUGAUGGAAAACUUCAAAAUUCUUCAACGGGUUCACUCGAUCGAAAUCACCAAAAUAAAACAAGAAUAUGCCAUAGCAGUAAUUUAAUUGCCCCAAUUGAAUUAAAUAAAGAACAACAAAAACGUUCAAAACAAAGUAAUAAUAGAGAAAUUAAUGAAAAUAAUAAUAAAUUUAUUGAAGGAGAAAAAUAA